AUGGCGCCUAAGAUUACCCGCAUCCAGCGGCUAAGUGCUGUCAUCGGGAUUUCUUUCUGCUUCUUUGUUGCUGAAUUAUCGGUUCAGUUCUUCUUGCGACCGCUGGUUGCAGAUGCCUUCCACUACCUAAACGAUCUUGUCGGGUUUAUCGUCGCCCUCUCGGCCGCUCUUAAAAGCGUUCACCCCCCCAAAGCGCUCACUUUCGGCUGGCAGCGAGUGCAGCUGCUGGGUGCGUUCUUCAACGGAGUUCUCCUGUUCGGAUUAGGCAUUAGUGUCUUUUUGCAAUCGAUUGAGCGUUUCAUUUCGUUGCAAGGUUAG